AUGGAGCCUUCUAGUGAUAACGAGCUCUCUGAACCCCUCUUGCUUUCCAAAUCAUCGUCGAUGCAUAUAGUGAGCCGUGAACUGGAAGACACACUAAACAACACUGAGCUCUCAUACUUCCAGCGCGUCCGAACCGGCACAUGGCUCGAGCUGAAGACCCUCUUCCGCCUGGCAGCUCCGGCGGUGGUGGUUUACUUGCUCAACAAUGUCAUAUCCAUCUCCACCCAAAUCUUCUGUGGCCAUCUUGGCAACCUUGAACUCGCUGCCUCCUCUCUUGGCAACACUGGCAUUCAAGUUUUCGCCUAUGGCCUCAUGCUUGGUAUGGGUAGUGCAGUGGAGACACUCUGUGGUCAAGCCUAUGGUGCACAUAAGUACGACAUGCUAGGCAUAUAUCUGCAGCGUUCGACAAUCCUCCUCCUGGCAACUAGCAUCCCACUGAUGAUAAUUUACAUCUUCUGCAAGCAAAUCUUGUUAGGCCUAGGUGAAUCAGCCUCCAUUGCCGCCGCGGCAGCGAUCUUCGUCUACGGUCUCAUCCCUCAAAUCUUUGCCUACGCCUGCAACUUCCCCAUACAAAAGUUCCUCCAAGCCCAGAGCAUAGUGUUCCCUAGCGCCUACAUAUCGCUGGGGGCACUGGUGGUGCAUAUAGUGCUAAGUUGGGUGGUGGUGUACAAAUUGGGAGGGGGCCUGUUGGGCGCCGCGUUGACGUUGAGUUUUUCGUGGUGGAUUAUAGUGGUGGCGCAAUUUGUGUACAUAUUGUGGACGCCAAGGUGCAAACGCACAUGGAGAGGCUUUAGCAUCAGGGCAUUUUCUGGGCUGUGGGGCUUUUUGAAAUUGUCUGUGGCAUCGGCCGUCAUGCUUUGCCUGGAGACUUGGUACUAUCAAAUUAUAGUUUUGCUUGCUGGGUUGCUUAAAAAUGCUGAAAUUGCAUUGGACGCUCUCUCUAUUUGCAUGGCCAUAACUGGAUGGGUCUUCAUGAUUUCUGUGGGGUUCAAUGCUGCCGCAAGUGUGAGGAUUGGGAAUGAGCUUGGGGCAGGACAUCCAAAAUCGGCAGCAUUUGCAGUGGUGGUGGUGACUUCAAGCUCCUUCAUCAUAUCGGUGGUGUGCGCCAUAAUUGUGCUUGUUUUACGACAUGAUAUAAGUUAUGUGUUCACUGAGGGAGAAACAGUCUCCAAUGCCGUCUCAGACCUUUCUCCGUACCUAGCCAUAUCCAUCGUUCUCAAUGGCAUCCAACCUGUUUUGUCUGGAGUGGCUGUUGGGUGCGGAUGGCAAGCAUUUGUGGCAUAUGUUAACGUGGGAUGUUACUACAUCAUUGGGAUCCCAUUGGGUUGCCUUCUUGGAUUCAAGUUCGAUUUCGGAGCUCAGGGAAUAUGGACUGGCAUGAUAGGAGGCACUUUUAUACAGACAAUCAUCUUAGUGUGGGUCACAUAUCGGACUGACUGGAACAAAGAGGUUGAAAAAGCACAGAGUCGUUUGGACACUUACGAGGACAAGAAGGAGCCCCAUGAUGAAGUGCUGACCAGUUAG